UUCAGGUCCUCUAGUCAGCCACUUCCCCGGCGUCUUGUUUUGGGGUCAUUCAGGUGAAGUUCAGCUGACAUAUUUAAAUAUUCCGACAGCAAGUGAAGGCGGCGUCAGGCUGCACUGCAUACGCGCCGUGGCGGAGAGUGAAGAUGGCGGAGAAUAAUGUCGAACCAGAGCACGAAUGGAGCGAUCGGGCCCUGGACACGGCCGAGGACACUCUGGUUGCAAUGGAAACGCUACUGGCCACGCUGAGAGCUUUCGAGGACGUACUCAGGCAACAAGAAUUAUCCGCGGAGUCCUCCACGGAGUACUGCGACAACUUCUGCCAGGCACUGAUGCACUAUGCUGGGAGCAGGAACUCCAUGGAGCAUGGUCUGCCUCUUCUGGAGGUCUACUGCCUGUCAAUAAACUGCUUUGCUGCAGCUCGAUCUCACCUCACUGCAGAGUCCGACAGAGUGGCCCUUGUUUUGAAGAGACUAGCUUUGAGCUGUUUUGAACUGUUGCUGUCAGUGCCUGAGAAUGACAUCCCUUAUGAGGCCUGGGUUCAGUUCCACCACUCUGUUCAGAAUGCCCAUGAUACCUUGUUACAAUAUGGAAGCACAGACCUACAAGCGUUACUUCAGAUCACAGGAGAAGGAGGAGCGUGGAGCAACCCGGUCCUCACUUCCCUCCUCACUGGCCAACCCACCAACACAGAGGAAGUUGAUGCAUACAUCAGCUUGGAGGGCGAGGGCUUCAUGGAGAUGCGGGUGAAACAUUUGGAGAAGAUGGGCGAAGUUGCCAAGGCGGUGGUGUUGGCCAAAGCCUGCACUGAAUGCAGCUUUAUUUCUAACCAGGCUACGUUUCGUCAAACAUACGUCUCCCUGCUUUGUUACCUGCUGCCCAAUGAAGAAGCCAUAGUGGAGAUAUCCAGACUGGACUGUAAAGAUGUACUGGAGAUCACAUGUAAUUUGGAAACGGAGGGUGAGGAGAACACAGCUUUUAUUCUGUGCACAACUUUCCUGACACAGCAGCUACAGCAACAGAGUCUUUACUGCUCCUGGGAGUUGACUCUGUUGUGGAGUAAGCUUCAGAGGAGACUUGACCCCUCAUUGGCCUCUCUUCUGGAACGAUGCCUUCAGCUAGGAGCCAUUGCCAAAACAGUCCACCAUUUGCUUUACCUGGUCCGUGUGAUUCAGACUGAGGCAGAGGAACUGGGGAUACCUGCCUCAGUAGAACUUUGUGUCAAAGCCCUUCAACUUCCAAAGCAAGAUGACUCAGAAACAAGGAUCUCUGUCUGUAAGACAGUGUCCUGCCUUCUUCCAGAUGACCUUGAAGUGUUGCGUGCCUGCCAGCUCACAGAGUUCCUGCUUGGCCCAAUCCAAGAAGCCUACAGCCGUCUUGAAGAGCUCUACCAACGCCCUGACCAAAAAUAUGACCAGGAAAGUGAAGUUAUUCCCAACUCGCUGCGUUGUGAGUUGCUACUAGCACUGAAAGCACACUGGCCUUUUGACCCUGAAUUCUGGGACUGGAAAACUCUUAAGUAUCACUGCACCUCCCUUCUAGGCCUGGAACCCGAGUCCGACGGAGAAGAGGAAGAGGCAUUAGACAAACAAGAGAACUUUAAACAUCAUGACCUACUGGGAAUCACAUUGAAAGUAGAAUCUGAGCACCAAAGUAGGAUAAAUGGAGGUCUUGAUGAUGAUGAACAACAGGAUCAAAAGCCGUAUACUAACCAAACAGAAAUCAAGGGAGAAUCCGACACAAAGAAGCUAAAGUUUUGCUGUCAGAUUUGUAAGAGGUCAGUCACUGACACCCAAAUCAUGCACCACUCCAAAAGACAUGCAGAGGACAACAGCCACCCCUGCCCUGUUUGCCUGGAAAAGUUUGAGAGCAGAAAGGAACUCGUUCCUCACCUGAAAAAUCACAUUCACAGUGAAACACAUCUUGACAAAAAUGUUAAAACAGAGGAUGUGCCGAAACCAAUAGAUGAGGAUGAUGAUAUUGAACCCGGUGAGAUCACCAUCGACCCUUCCUUAAUGCUGUAUUACAAAUCCACGCAUGAUCCAGAUGUGUUGCAUCACAUCGUGCAACAAGCCAAAACAGUCAAAGAGAAGCGUGUGGAUGAUGACGAGCAUGUAACAUUUGAUUACAUUGACCAGCACUUCAAACUUCAAAACCGGGAUGAGUAUCCGUGUCCAGGAACUGGAUGUACUCGGAUUUUUAAACAUUCCAAGUACUUAUAUGUCCACUUAAAGUCAGAGCAUAAAGGUGAUGAGAAUGUGAAAUAUUUUCAUCAGAUGCGAGACAAACGGGAGAAAUGUGUCUUCUGUAGACGUCAUUUUGUCUCAGCUUACCAUCACCGCAAACAUAGAAGAGUUCACUAUGGUGAUCGGCCAUACACUUGUGUGGUUAUAGGUUGUGGUGCGCAGUUUAGCUCUUCCAACGAACUUGUCACACACAAGCAGACCCACGGUUAUCAGCUCAACUACCAGUGUGAGCUCAAAGGCUGCUACAUCACCUACUCUGACUUAGGUCAGAUAUAUCACCAUGAAGCACAGCAUUUCAGAGACGCAGCAUUUACCUGUUCCAGCAGUGAAUGUCAGAAAUACUACUUAUCCAAAAAGGAGUUUAUUAAACAUUUAUCCACACACAACAUAACUUUCUCUGAAGAUGACUUUGAGGCUCAGAGGAAGGCAAAGCGGAAACUUUUUAAGACUGUUACCGAAGCAACAGCCCGCCUUAAUAAGUCGAUUGAUUCAGAAGACAAUGUAAAUGGAGAUAUCCUAAACUCUUCAUCAGUUAGCUGUGCCUCCUCUUUGCAAGAGUCAGAUUGCAAGGAGCCCAAAGCAACAAUGACCUUGGUGGCUGUGUGUUUUGAUGGAAGUAAGUUCACUUGUGGUUUUGAGAAGUGUGGAAUGACUUUUUCCAGAGCCAGAGAUGUCCAGAGACAUCUGAAAUGUGCUCACCCAGAACAUAUUAAACUGGAGAACAAAGAACACAAACAUGACAAAGAGCAGGGCUCCAAGUCCAAAGGGAUAAAGAUUGAAACUGAGCCAGACAAUGAAGAAAAGGGAAAAAAUGAGCUCUCAACUCCAUUUCAACCCGUGGAAGCUGGCAAAGAAAGAAAGACGUCCACUCCACCCCAAAGCAAUGAAACAAGCCCUUUAGGCCUUCAGACAAAAAAUGAUGCUCUUAAAGAAAUUCUUAUUGGGCUGAGUAAACUGGACCUAAAUUCUUCAUCACCUCACAGUUUGCCAAGUGAGCUCCCUCAGUCUAACCCAGACUCGACUGCAUCACAAAUGUCACUUCAUCAGGCAAUUAUGGCAAAGCCUCCUGUUGUAUUACUUCAGAAGAGACCACAUCUGCCAGAGGAAAAGGUAAAAAUCCAAAGUGAACAAGCAUCAACAACAAACGAAGAAUGCAGUGUUGAAUCAUUAGCCACUGCUAAGCCAUAUAUCUGUGAGAUGAAGGGUUGUGGCUUUAGGACUGCCCAAAGUUACAGUUUACUGCGCCACUAUAACACCAAACAUGGCCGUACCAUUGAGCAAGCCAGAAGGUUGACUUCUUUGAAAACCACCGCUUUUAAGCCUUAUGUGUGUCACCUUUGUUCCAAGAGUCACAGACAGAAACAUGUGUUGAGGUCUCACUAUAUUCAGAUCCAUAACCUGAGUGAGUCUUUAGUCGACAAAAUAAGCUGUGCAUCUGUGCGGUACGAGGGAAGCCAAGAGCUCACAUCUCAAACAAAGCAAACCUCUCAGGCCAUGAUGAACCAUGGUCUAAAUGUGAAGAAGAAAGAGGUGCCAAAGUUGCAGCACCAACAUGAGGCAAAAAACUCAACAACACUAAGUGAAAAUGGACAAAACUUUCACAAUCAUUCCCAAUCUGAAGAGGAAGGAGAGGAUGAAGCAGAGAGUAGAGAGGAAGACAGCGAACAGAAGGAGGAGAGCGAGGAUAAGACUACACAGCAGGUCAGAACGACAAGACGCUUGGUAGCCAAAAGUAAUCUGUGCUACAUACUGGAUAAGUUCAGUAAACCCUUUCAUUGUGUGGCAAAAAACUGUGAUGCAGCUUUUUCCACUCAGGGAGGCCUUGUGCGCCACCUGCAGUUAGUACAUCAUUACAACCGCUCUCAGCUCUUGUUGGAAAAGGAUUUUGAUGUGCCUCACAGUCCAGAAGUCAGGAAAGAGCCCGCCAAGAAAAGGCCUCCACCAAGCUCAGAUGAACCUCAGCCCCAAUACAAAUGUCACUUUGCAAACUGUAGCGCCUCCUAUCACCUUAAAAGCAGCCUAGUGCGUCACACGCGUGAUUGCCACUCGCAACCACCUGAGCUGAUAAGGUGCAAAUACGAUGGCUGCACAAGAGUGUUCAGCCACGAUGAUGCACUUAAAAAACAUACACUUUAUCGUCACUGUGAGUACUAUGAUUCACUGGUGGUACGUCUACAAAGCACUCACAAAAAGUCAGUUACUGGAUGCCAAAAAAAGCUCAUUGUUACACCACAAAGCCCUCUGAAAGAAGAACCUGGUUCACCCGCCACACAGGCUGAGAGAUUGAGUCCAAAGCCUGAAACGAUGGCCCAAUCAGAAGAAAUGGGUAAUGAGGGUCUUGAGCAGAAGAAAGUGUCUGGAGAAAAAAAGAAAGAGAAAAGAAACUCUUUUAAUCGUUUCGUCUUUAGAUCUCAUGAAGAAGCACUACAAAUGUGCCAAGACCGCUGCCUGCGUGUGGCCUAUCCAUGCAUGGUUCAGGACUGUGAUUCUGUCGUCACUUACAUGCACAGUUUGAACCGGCACUACUUGAGGGUUCAUCGCAUGCGUAGAGAGGAUCUCGUUAAAAAUGAAGAUAAGCUUGUUUUUAAUGCUGAGCAGCUUGAGGAGCUGAUUCAGAGGAAGUCGGCAAGGCCAACUGUUACAGGGGCGUGUACCCCUAAUGGGGUUCGUAAAAUGGAGUACCAGGCAGAGACAGAACACACAGGGGGGCAGCCUGCACCCAUGAGCUUACACUCUAUCAAGACCGAAACACAGGAUGAGGAUAAUCAUGAUCCACUGGGAUUCCCAGAGGAGGAAGAGGAGGAGCUGCCACCUGUGGAGAGAAAUGGGGUCCUGUUUGGGGCAGAUGAGGUGCUUUAUGGUGAGCCGAGCACAGGUGGGCAUGCUGAAGACUCAGCUGCAGGAACACACAACAGUCAGAAACAGGAGGAGAGAUUAAGCUUGGAUAAAAUCAAACCUCUUCUCCGCCCAGUCACUGUUGACCUCUCACCACCAUGUUCGCUGCGCUUUACUACUGAAGAGGGCUUCCAAGACACAUCAAGCAUCAAAGAUGGUGGUAAAAUGGUAAACGGGUCGGCUCCGUGUCCCACUCCUCCAGUCCGCCAGCCACUGAAACGGAAAAAUGAACUGUCUGAACAGCCUUCCAAUGUAAAAGACGCCCAACCUGGUAGCCCUUCUUCACACCCUUUUGACAUUGCUGCCUAUAAGCCUAUGGGCUUUGAGUCCUCAUUCCUGAAAUUCAUACAAGACACAUCCCCAAAAGACAAAAGCAUGGCACCAGGGAAACGGCGAGAUGCUUUCAGGCGCAGUUGUUCCGUCAAGGAGAACAACCAGCUGGGAAUCUCACACACUCGCAGCAGACGCACUCAUUCCCCAUUGCUGAAGCCCCACGCUAUGACUGGGGACUUCACGUCAGUCCAAAACUUGAAGUCCAUCCUGGACAAAGCGCUGGCUGGGUGUGGGGACCUGGCCAUUAAGCAGCUUCAGUACCUCAGACCUGUGGUGGUUCUGGGGAGACCAGUGUCCACCACCACCCUGCCUGACCUCUUCCCAUCAGACACCAACAACAGCAAACUGCUUCUUGGAAGCUAGUUUAACUGAGCACCUUUUUAACAUGGCUAUGGCAAAUUACUAUGUAUUUUCACAAGCUAUGUAUCAGUAUUUUUAUUUCUCCCUGCAAUGAAGGUGUUAUGUUUUUUUGCUAUUUGUUUUUAAGUUGCCAAACUGAAGAGUUGUAGAAAUUAGCAUAAGAUAAAAAUGAGCUUCAACAGUGGACAUCAGAUCCUGUUUGAUUGUUUUAUAGACAUUUGUUAUGAAAGCAUUGAGACGACGCCUAUUAUGUUAAUUCCUGAUGACAAGUGUAUAUACUGUAGUUCUCCAAGAUAAAUGUACAGCUUUUCAGAUUGUUAGAAAUGGUCAGUAGCGUAUUGCAAGGCCUUUUCACUUUUGUGAAAACGUGACUAAAAAUACUUCCUUACAAAGUUCUCAAUGAAUUUGUUUGGUUAAUUUUUCACCUCAGUUUAUAUUAAAUAAGUGUUGGGAUGCAGUCGACAGAUGUUGGCAGACAUGUAUGUAACACUUUCUAAUAAAAUUAAUGUGGAAAUGAA